AUGGACCCAACGGGGGCAGACUGGAUGCAUCAGGUGCUUACUAUUCAGGGGGAGGACCUCAGAAAGCUCCAGCAAGAUGUGGAUUCCUUCGUGGAUCAUGUGAGCUGGCUAACCGAUCAGUUGCUCGAGAAUUGUCUGUUUGUCAAACCUGAGAAGUGCGGGUUCCACCUCAACACUGUCGCCUUCUUGGGCUUCAUUAUCUCUCACAAUCAAGUCAAACCCAACCCUGCUAAGGUCAAGGCCAUCACGGGCUGGCCAGUUCCAUCUUCCGUUAAACAGUUACAGCAGUUCUUCGGGUUCGCUAACUUUUACCGUCGAUUCAUCCACGGGUUCAGUCAGGUUGCAGCUCCCCUCACCGCACUCACUUCCUCCAAGACAACCUUUCAGUGGACACCUCAGGCAGACUCCACGUUCACCCAGCUUAAGACUCGCUUCGCUACUUCCCCCAUCCUCACUCAGCCAGACCCGGCUCAUCAGCAUCGUCUGCCAAGCGUUUGA